AUGGCUGAGUACAGUGGCAUGAACCAUGGGGUGAUCGCAGCCCUGGAACAUGGUGCUGAGGACUUAGUCAUCGUUGGGGAGUCGAGUUUGGUAUUCCAGCAAUCACUAGGGGUGAUUGCAUGUCGGAAGGAUUCGCUGAUGACAGCCACCCAGAGCUCGGACAAUGCCCUGUAUUACACGGGUGCGAGCAUAAGAAUGGUCGAUGAAAACUUGCCCGAGAUGUCGUUGAGACUUGUGGUGCCAACCACAAUGCGCCAAGAGGUGCUACAGAAUUGUCACGAUUCCAUCGAAGGAGGACACCAAGGUGUCGUCCACUCUUACCAGAGAGUAAAACACAACUACUACUGGAUCGGUCUCUACGCAGAUGUGGAGAGACAUGUGAAAUCAUGCCUCGCCUGCAGCUCGAGUAAGAGCUUCCCGCAGCUUAAAGGCUACUCACCUGGCAAUGUGCGGACAGAGCGACCAUUCCAGCUGGUGUCAGUGGACUUUGGGAUCCUUCUGCCGAGCUCUCGCGGGGGAACACCGCUCUGUUGUUAUGGAACUGUUCGGUUACCGGGUUCGUGA